UCCCCGGAAGUCGGCCUCCCUUGGCGCUAUUUCCGGCGCUCUAGGGCGAGCGCUUGGGUUCUAUGGUUCUUCCGUUGCGCCUCUAGUUUCGAGCCGCGAAACUUUCGGCUGAACUCGCUGGUUUUCCGGCGACACUCUAGGGCGCAGGAGAGCGAUCGACGCUCUAGCCGUUCCCUGCGGCCCAAUUUCCGGCGCUCUAUGGUGCUCGGGGCGGCGCUCUAGGCGGUGGUGGGCGCGCUCUAUGGCCCCGCGCCGCCGGGCCAGCCGGACGGGGGGGACGUUGCCUUGCUGAGCCGAGCGGGGCCGCCAUGGAGCCCGAGGCGCUGGAGGCGCGGAUCAACCAGGCCACCAACCCGCUGAACAAGAGCCUGGACUGGGACGGCAUCAACGCCUUCUGCCAGCAGCUCAACAAGGAGCCGGACGGCCCCCCACUUGCUACCCGGCUUCUAGCUCACAAGAUCCAAUCCCCGCAGGAGUGGGAAGCCAUCCAGGCCCUGACGGUGCUGGAGACCUGCAUGAAGAACUGUGGCAAGCGCUUCCAUGAUGAGGUGGGCAAGUUCCGCUUUCUCAACGAGCUCAUCAAGGUGGUGUCCCCCAAGUACCUUGGCAGCCGAACUUCAGAGAAGGUGAAGUCAAAGAUCCUGGAGCUGAUGUAUAGCUGGACGCUGGGGUUGCCUCUCGAGGUGAAGAUUACAGAGGCCUACCAGAUGCUGAAAAAGCAAGGCAUUGUGAAAUGCGACCCAAAGCUGCCAGACGAUGCUCCCUUCCCACCACCUCCACCCCGGCCCAAAAACAUCAUCUUUGAUGAUGAGGAGAAGUCCAAGAUGCUGGCUCGCCUGCUGAAAAGCUCCCACCCUGAGGACCUCCGAGCUGCCAACAAGCUCAUCAAGGAGAUGGUCCAAGAGGACCAGAAGCGAAUGGAGAAGAUCUCCAAGAGGGUGAAUGCCAUUGAGGAAGUGAACAACAAUGUGAAAUUGCUGACUGAGAUGGUGACCAGCUACACCAAGGGGGAGACAACAGAAAGCAAUGAGGACCUCAUGAAGGAGCUGUAUCAGCGCUGUGAGCGAAUGAGGCCCAUGCUCUUCCGGCUCGCCAGCGAUACAGAGGACAAUGACGAGGCGCUGGCGGAAAUCCUGCAAGCCAAUGACAACUUGACGCAGGUGAUCAACCUGUACAAGCAGCUUGUUAAAGGAGAGGAGAUCAACGGAGAGACUGUGGCUGGCCCCCUCCGAGGGAGCACCUCUGCACUCCUGGACCUGUCUGGGCUGGACAUGGUGGUGACGGGCCCCUCCUACCCAGCCUUACCCACUCUCUCAGGUGGCACUGGAGUCCCUGUGCCUGACCAAGCCAGCUCCAUCUCCCUGCUGGAUGAUGAGCUCAUGUCUUUAGGGCUGAAUGACCCACCACUCUCCUCUGCACAGGGCAUGGGCAGCAGUGGCUGGAACAGUUUUCAGUCAUCAGACAGCAGUGAGCUUGGCAUCCCCUCCAACACGGCUGCUUCAGCAACCCAAGCAGAUGCGGGAGCUCCUGCACAAAAGUCUUCCUCUGCCACCAGUGGCCUGGAUGACCUGGACCUGCUGGGGAAAACUCUGUUACAACAGUCACUGCCUCCAGAGUCUCAGCAAGUCCGGUGGGAGAAGCAGCCACCCCCACGGCUCACCUUGCGGGAUCUCCAGAACAAGAGCAGCUCUUGUGCCUCAGUGAAGAUCACGGGUACCCCAGCCCUGCUUGGCAAAAUCUCCCUGAACCCUACCACUACCCAGCGCUCUCCCUCGGAGCAGCCUCCCUCCACCUCACUCCCAACAACUGCUCCCAUGCCAACUGGAGCUGUCCCUGCUGCUGCCCUGGUGGAGCCCCCUGCUGCUAUGUCACCCCAGGAGAUCUCACUAGCUAAUAUCACAGUGCCUCUGGAGUCAAUCAAGCCAAGAGAAAGUGAGGCUACGAUACAAGUUGACCUUCACCAUGGGGGAGCAGACUUACAACGAGAUAGGGGAUGUGGACCAGUUCCCCCCUCCAGAGUCCUGGGGGAACCUCUAGGUCCUACAGCCUGUGGCCUGCUUCUGAAUCCUGGUGGCUCUUUGGUGCCCUGCUCCAGUUUCCCUCAGGAUGGCAGGGGCCUCAUCUGGGGCUGGUAUUCAGCUGAUGCUGCUGCUCUCCUGCUCUGGUACUGGAUAGUGAAGGGCUGGGGCCGGAGAGCGCAUGAAGGAUGGUGGGAGGUCUCGGAGCCUAAAGAAGGCGACGCAAAGCUGCUCUGCCUCUCCAACCUGUUCCUGUCCUAACCCUGCUUCCCUUUCUGCAGGAGUGGAGCUGGAAUCAGCACAGGGUAGUGCAGCAAGCCCCAGCCUGACCACACAGCCAAGGACCUAUUCUCUUUUCUUGGUGUGGGUGCAUGGGGUCUUUGCAUCGCUCCCCCCCCCCCCCCCCCCCCCCCCCCCGAGCUGCUUCCUGCUCCCUGGUUGCCAGUAAACUAACUCACCUGGUCCACAGCUUAAGGAGCUCCCUCCUGCAGCUGUGCCCUAAUCUUCUACUCUGGUUCCUGUCAUGAUUCUAUGCCUGUGACAUGCUAAGAAGCGGGCACAGACCAAGGCUGAACAGGGCCUGGGUGAAGCUGGGGAUACUGACCUGCUUUGCUGAAAAGUAGGCAUCCAUUCUUGGGGCAGCAGAGGUCUGCUGGGUUUCUUUGCUCUGAUUCAUGGCCAGAGCUGUUUGGGGUUGGGUAGUGAAGAGCCAGAGGACCAGUGUGGUGGUUUAGUGUUCAGCUUAGUGACCUGUAGGCUGGGACCUGGAUCCUAGCACCGAAUUGAGGAAAGGCCUGUCCUGCGGCCACAAGCAGUGGGGAUCCAUAGCAAGCCCUGUGUCCAUGGGCCAAGAUGCCUUCUGUGAGAAGGCCUGGCUGGGGCCUGCCAGGCACAGAUGUAGGUAAGGGACAUGUGGCCUUUUGUAACCCUUGGAGGAGGAUUGUGCUGCUCCAGCCUUCCCUCCCCACCCCUUGCAGGACCCUGAUGUGCAAAGGAGUUCACGCACUCAGCCCACUACCUGAACUUCUGUUUUGGGGUUUUCUUGGUUCUUUCACUUCAUUGUCCCCAUCCAGGUGAACCAAAGGGCCAGUAGAUGAGGCCGUCUCUUACUGAGGUCACCACCAGGAGGAGCACCUGAGCAAUGAGAAGGGGGAUCCUGCUUCCCUACGAUCCCUAUUUUUAUUGUACUGGGAGUAGGGGGUGGGCAUUUCUCUAUGCUGGUCUCUACAGAACUGGCUUGGGGUUGCUUACUGAUAAGGGGCCCCAGCUCCUCCAGGGCUUUCUUGGAGGCAGACGGCACUGUUCCUGGUACAGAUUCCAGGCUUUUCUCCCAGCUUUGGUGACUCCAGCAGCUCAAUCACUGUGACACAAAACUGGUAUCUGCUGGAACAUAAUGCUGGUACAAUAAGGGCAGUGACAGCCCAACUGCAAAGCUGUACCUUUCACUAUCACUACAUUGCUGACCAGCUUGCAGGCUAUAGUGAUGCCUCUUCCCCUGCCCAGGAACUUCCUGGGCUCUGAACUCUAGGACGGCUGCAUCUGAGUACAGUGGUUUGAAUCAUGAGGAAACACUUUCUCCCUAGAAAGGCCUUGGAGAAGGAGAGCACGAAUGGAGGCCUUGCCUGGAUGGUACAGAGACCAGCUGGUGCCAUUGUGCUCUGCCCUGGGGGAAGUCUCUGAACCCCAUGUUUGGAGGGAAGGUCCCUGAGCUGGGCCUCUGCUGUGUCUUAUUUUCUUUUUUGGUCUCUUUCAGGGUUUUGUAUGGAUUUUCUUUGCAGAUCUUGCUUGGUUCUUGAACUGACUUGUAUAUAUUUUCAGUGCAAAUUCUAUAAAUGGAAAAGAAUUUAAAGAAAACCGCCCGGCGCGAAAUCUGCUGUAUUUAUGGGAAAUAAAGAGUUCUUUCCUCAUG